UAACGUCACAACUAAGGUCACAUCACUUCAUAAUAAUAGAAUUAACUUCAAUUUAAUCAGCGAGUGACGAUGACUACUUUUAUCAGGAGAACAACUUCAAGAUUUGAAAAACAUAUUUGGUGAAAUUAAGCGUUAAAAUGAAGGUUAAAGUUGAUUUAAAACUGUGUGGUGUAUGUGGGGACAAAGCUUUGGGGUACAACUUUAACGCGAUUACGUGCGAGAGUUGUAAGGCUUUUUUUCGAAGAAAUGCUUUGUUGCAAAAAGAGUUUAAGUGCCCCUUCGACAAUCAUUGCGAUAUAACGCAGGUCACGAGGAGGUUCUGCCAGAAAUGCAGACUGGAUAAGUGCUUCAGCAUCGGUAUGUGUAAGGAUUUAAUAAUGUCUGAGCACGCUAAAACGUUGAAGAGACAAAAAAUCGAGGAAAACAGGGCCAACAAACGGAAAAUAGGUGGUUUUAAGUCGGGUUUUAAAAAAAUCAAGAAAGAACGAAAAUCCACCGAAGACAAUUUUCAAGUAACCGACAGUUACAGUGUUUACACGGACUCCGAUUCAAAAGAAACUGUGAUGUCCGAUCAGGGCUAUCAACCCAACAAUCCUAACAUAGGCGUUAUUAAUUAUGUAAACUCCGAAAACAGCAAUAUAACAACGCAAAACGAAUGUUUGGUUACCUCAAGUGAUGAUGUUAGAAGAGUUAUAAGUCCACCUAGUUAUGUCAACCAAGAGAAAGAAGUGGAAAAUGUUAUUCUUGAAAGUUUGGUGGGAAAUGUCCAUAGAAAGUGUAACAAUAUUGGUAAUAAUGCGCAAUCUCCCGUAGAAGCCAGCCAAAAGAUGCUUGACAUCACCAAAGAUGUUGUCCAGGAUGUCCAAAGGAUUAACGCAGUGGCAUCGAGUCCCAUAGAAUCAAUAUUAUGCGAGGCGAUAAAGCUAGAAUACGAGGCGUAUUCGUCGAUAGCCCCAUGCCAGUCGAACUCUCGGGAGUUAAAUGACGCGGAAAGAGCGAAAUUGAACGAGUUAAUUGUGGCCAAUAAGAGUUUGCUGUCGCCGGUCGAUGCCGAGCUCAAUACUCUUCUAAAUGGGGAAUCGUGUAAAUUUAAGGGUGACCCGCAAAAUCCAGCCUUGGUGGAUGUAAUAAAUUUAACGGCAAUAGCAAUACGAAGGUUAAUUAUAAUGGCUAAAAAAAUUAACGCCUUUAAAAAUAUGUGUCAGGAAGAUCAGGUGGCUUUGUUGAAAGGUGGUUGUACUGAAAUAAUGAUUUUAAGAAGUGCCAUAAAUUAUGAUGCCAAAAGACAGACUUGGAAGAUUCCUCAUAGCCAAGAUGUAAAUGUAAACGUGGACAUAUUAAAAUUAGCGAAAGGAAACAUGUAUCAAGAACACGACAAGUUCAUUAAAACGUUCAAUCCGUUAUGGAGAUCUGACGAAAAUAUUAUUUUGAUAUUGUGCGCAAUAGUCCUGUUUACCCCUGAUAGGCAACGCCUGAUACACCAAGAUGUUAUUAAACUAGAACAGAAUUCUUAUUAUUAUUUACUGAGAAGAUAUCUGGAAAGUAUACACCCAGGAUGUGAAGCAAAAUCAACCUUCUUAAAAUUAAUACAAAAAAUUACGGAACUGCAUAAACUCAAUGAGGAAGUAAUAAAUGUAUAUUUAAAUGUAAACCCUUCUGAAGUUGAACCUAUACUACUGGAAAUUUUCGAUUUAAACAUUUAGAUAAGUUGCAAUUAUUUUCAUUUCUCAGGUAUUUUUCAAUCAUAACAUCACAGUUUAUUUAAUUAUAAGGAUUUUUACACUAACUAAAUUAAGGAAAGUAUUUUCUAUGAAAAAAUUAAGUACAAAGCAUAUAUUUUUUUAGUUUAACCACUAUAUUUUGUUUUUAAAACAAUGGGCUUUUUAUGUGAUAUAUUUG